AUAAGGGAAGGACGCGACUCAUUUAGCCUCCCUCCCUCCUCGCUUCGAUUACUGGUCGCCUUUCUCCCUCUCCGUUCUCCUAUUAGAAAUGGCGGCCGUGAACGCGGUCUUCGCCUCCCCUUCUUGUUCCUCCCCUCUCUCCUUCCCCCGCUCGUCCUCUUCCUACCGCAGAUCAAUCUUCGCCUCCCACAGACCGCAUCGUUCCGGCCGUCAGUCGCUCAGCAAAGACCAUUCCAAUCGGCGGAAAAACGACGUGGUGGAAGGGGUUUCCCAGAAGAGGUUUCCGGGAAGAGGGAAGGACGAUAGGACGUACCUUCCAUCGGACGGUAGUCGGGGAGAUGCUGGGCUGUCGCAGUCGCAGUCGCAGUCGCAGUCGACGGCGUUCAAGUCUAUUGGAACACAGAAGAAGGACAAGGGCAUGGUUUAUGAUCUCAAGGAGCAGCAGGCCGAUGAAACAGGAAAAUUUCAAGAUUCAGCUUUUCUUAAUGCUGUUGUGAAGGUUUACUGCACACAUACCUCACCUGAUUAUUCACUUCCUUGGCAGAAACAAAGGCAAUUUACAAGUACUGGAAGUGCUUUCAUGAUUGGUGAUGGUAAGCUUCUGACAAAUGCUCAUUGUGUCGAGCAUGGAACUCAGGUUAAAGUGAAGAGAAGGGGAGAUGACACUAAGUUUGUAGCUAAGGUCUUAGCUAGAGGUAUAGAAUGUGACAUAGCAUUACUCUCAGUUGAGAGUGAAGAUUUCUGGAAAGGUGCUGAACCACUUCGUUUUGGUCGUUUGCCAUGCCUUCAGGAUUCGGUCACUGUUGUAGGAUAUCCGCUUGGUGGAGAUACGAUCUCUGUGACAAAGGGUGUGGUAUCACGAAUUGAGGUUACUUCGUAUGCUCAUGGAUCAUCUGAUCUGCUUGGCAUUCAAAUUGAUGCUGCAAUAAAUCCUGGAAACAGUGGUGGUCCUGCCUUUAAUGACCAUGGAGAAUGUAUCGGAGUGGCAUUUCAGGUUUUCAGAUCAGAAGAAGCUGAAAAUAUUGGAUAUGUUAUUCCCACAACAGUCGUUUCUCAUUUUCUGAAUGAUUAUGAGAGAAGCGGGAAGUAUACUGGAUUUCCUUCUCUUGGGGUCUUACUUCAGAAGUUGGAGAAUCCAGCACUGAGGGCAUGCCUAAAAGUAUCAUCGAAUGAGGGUGUUUUGGUCCGGAGAGUUGAACCCACUUCUCCAGCUAGUGAUGUUCUCAAGGAGGGAGACGUGAUUGUAAGCUUUGAUGGUGUUCAAGUGGGAUCAGAAGGAACUGUCCCAUUCCGAUCCACAGAGCGGAUUGCCUUUCGCUAUUUAAUAAGUCAAAAGUUUUCUGGUGAUGUUGCAGAACUUGGGAUCAUCCGUGAUGGAACCUACAUGAAAGUUCAGACUAUCUUGCAACCUCGGGUGCACUUAGUGCCAUACCACAUUGAAGGAGGACAACCUUCUUAUCUGAUAAUCGCAGGCCUUGUAUUCACUCCUCUCUCAGAGCCUCUGAUAGAAGAGGAGUGUGAAGACUCAAUCGGGCUUAAAUUACUAGCAAAGGCCCGUUAUUCUUUAGCAAGAUUCAAAGGCGAAGAAAUUGUAAUAUUAUCACAGGUUUUAGCUAAUGAAGUGAACAUAGGAUACGAGGAUAUGGGCAACCAACAGGUGAUGAAAUUCAAUGGAACUCCAAUAAAAAACAUCCGACAUCUGGCUCAUCUUGUUGACACUUGCAAAGACAAGUACUUGAUAUUUGAAUUUGAAGACAAUUUCCUUGCUGUUUUGGAACGAGAGGCUGCUGCUGCCGCCUCACCAUUUGUUCUAAAAGACUACGGAAUUCCAUGCGAAAGGUCAUCUGAUUUGCUCGAACCAUUUAUCGACUUGGUGGAAGACAAACAAAUACUGAAUCAAGAUAUCGGGGACAGCCCCGUGUCAAAUUUUGAGAUUGGAUUUGAUGGCCUCCUAUGGGCAUGAAAUGAAAUGAUUCUACAAUUUCCAGAAAAUCCCUACUGGCCGCUCAGCAAUUGAUAUUGAAGAGCAGGAGAAAUUGCCCGGUGCCGACAACAUCCCAUGCUAAUUGUUUGAGAUCCUCCUGAUGAUGGAAUUUGUGUCACCCAUUUGUCAUUACCAAGAACUUCUGGAACACAAGGGCUUGAAGAAUUUGUUGCAGCUUGCCCUAGGAAGGUGUCUAAGGUUGCUGCAAUUGGCAAUUUUCUUGUCGAUUUUUCGUCCAUCUCGAUAAGAGAACAUUUACUAUUUUAUUUAUCUCUUGCUACUGAUGAUUCAAUGAGAAAAUUUGAUGUUGUUGGUACA